CAAAGCUCAACUGCAAUCAAUUAUACAUCAUGGUCCGCAGACUGGCAUCGGCAACACCUCCCACGCAAUCGCCAUCACUAGCCAUGUAUACCGCUCGCCCCAAUUCUGUCUCAAUGAACAUUCAUCCGAGACCACUUGUUCUAGCCACUGCUACUGACGAAGCCAAAAUCACGACCAUAUACGCAGACCUGUUAAUUCCAGGGGCCGGAGAGCUCUUGCGCAAUGCUGCUCUAGUGAUCAGCGAUAAGGUCAUCGCGUUCGUUGGACCCCAAGCCGACAUCCCCAAGAAAUACCUCCGGUCCACACAAUCCAGCCACCAUGUCCCAGUGUUAAUGCCUGGCCUGUGGGAUUGCCAUAUGCACUUUAGCGGUGAUGAUGACUACUACAGCGAUUAUACCGCUGGUCUGGCCACUCACCCGGCCUCGUCCGGUGCCCGGCUAGCCAGAGGAUGCUGGGAGGGCCUGCAGGCUGGGUAUACCUCGUAUCGCGAUCUGGCCGGAUACGGGUGCGAAGUGGCCAAAGCUAUCGAUGACGGAACCAUCGUCGGACCGAAUGUGUAUUCGUCUGGAGCUGCGAUCAGCCAAACCGCUGGACACGGUGAUAUUUUUGCUCUCCCGGCGGGCGAGGUGCUCGGAAACUACGGAGUGACGAACCCGCGCCCGGGAUACUGGGGAGCAGGACAGUUAUGUAUUGCCGAUGGCCUGGAGGAGGUCCGACGAGCGGUACGGCUACAAAUCCGUCGUGGAGCCAAGGUCAUCAAGGUCAUGGGGUCUGGCGGGGUCAUGUCGCGGGACGAUAAUCCCAACUUUGCACAGUUCUCGCCCGAAGAGUUGAAGCUCAUGGUGGACGAGGCAGCACGGCAGAAUCGUAUUGUCUCGGCACACGUGCAUGGCAAGGCAGGCAUUAUGGCCGCCAUCCAUGCGGGAUGCAAGAGUCUGGAACAUGUGUCGUAUGCGGACGAUGAGGUAUAUGAGCUCAUGAAGGAAAAGGGGGUUCUUUACGUGGGAACGCGAGCAGUUGUUGAGCUGCUUUUAGCCAGCAAUGGAGAGGGGCUGGUGAAGGAGUCCUGGGCUAAGGUGCAGGCCCUGGCUGACGCGCAUUUGAAAGCUUACCAAGGCGCAGUGAAGGCGGGGGUCACGAUGGCUCUAGGCACAGAUACUGCUCCUGGUGGACCUACUACGCUCGAGUUGCAAUUUGCUGUCGAGAAGGGAGGCAUGACUCCAUUGGAGGCCAUUCGAGCGGCAACUGCGAACGCUCCCCUGUCGGUUGGCCCACAGGCACCUUUAACAGGUCAGCUUCGAGAGGGCUAUGAAGCUGAUGUGAUUGCAUUGGAGGAGAAUCCAUUGGAUGAUAUCAAAGUCUUCCAGGACCCGAAGGUGAUUACCCAUGUCUGGAAAGGUGGAAAGCUUUUCAAGGGCCCGGGUGUUGGCCCAUGGGGAGAGGACAGCAAGAAUCCUUUUGCGUAGCGAGCGAGCUAAACCUGUAUAUAUUACAUCCAGAGUGAGUCCCUAUCUAGACCAACUCCUGUGCUCUUAUUGGCAUCGCGUUGUUCAAGCGCCAUAGUCACACCUUGUUUAGACCGAUGGUUCUCCUCAAAGAUGAGUUGAAGCAUUCACGGUAGAGCUGU